AUUAUUGUUGCAUUUGAAGAGCGACUUUUAAGUUUGGAUCUGCUUGUUGGUUUGCAGCACUUUUUUCGUAGGAUGAAAGCGCUUGUGACAUGCGAAUAUCAGUGCUUGUCUUCGGAGUUGCGUGAUGUUAAUUUUAUUUGCCCGUUUCUUGCGAGCAAGAGAAUUGCAAAAUGAUAAUGCGUGAUUUUACGAUGCGCACAUAUUGUUGAUCACAUACUCAAAAAGUAAAACCAACAUACAGGUUUUCUUCACAAUAUGCCUGUUCUCUCAAGUGAAGAAGUGAGAAAAAGAAACUUUUUGUUUAUUAAAUUUUGUUGUUAGUAGUGCCAGCAACAUUAACAAUACUUUACAAUGAAUACGCCAAUGAUUACAACAGUUGCUGCCCAAACAACAACUGCAACAGAAUCUCCAACUUCAGUUUUGGUCACCAGGCAAACGGUAGAAAAAAGUCCUGUUGAAAUUCCUGUAGUGUCAUGCCCAACAGCUCGAUCAGUUGUCACAUCAAGCAGUGCCAAAGUGAUGCCUGUAUUCUACAUUCAGAGUUCAUCAUCAGGCACCGUUCGUGUAGCACCUGCUAAUGGUACCACUGCUGCCAGCACAGCAGGCACUUCAACUAUUCAGAAGCUGCCUACAGCUCCAAGAAUAGUUGCUGGUGCACAUUCUGUGAAACAGCCUACACAACACUUGGUUAUACAACAAGCUGGUGGAAAACAGUAUGCCUAUGUGGGUACCAUCAUCAAACCACAUGGAAACAAGGAACUUCUGUUAUCAGCGGGAGUUCUGCCCAAGCUUGCACCAGCUCCUGCUCCGCCACCUCCUACUGUUAAUGUUGCUGCAAACCAGCCACCGGCUCAAGUACAGGUGACAGGAUCUGGAAAUACUGCUUCAAAUAAAAUGACAUCUCUGCUUGUUACUUUGCCACCAGGAGCACAACAUGUUCCAUCAAAGCCAGGCAUGAUAAAUCUGAAGAUAUCAAAUGGCCAAAUUCACACAGACAAUAAAGGCUGCAUCACAGUUCUUCGUGAUUCUUCAAAAGUACUACCAACCACGCCUACACUUCAACCAGCAACAGUGAAGCCCAAUGGCUUGCUGAUACCUGAAGUUACAUCCAGUACACUAACUUUAACUCCAGUGUCUUCAGAAGCACACACCCAAUCUGUGCCAAUAGUGACCCAGCAGCCAGUGAUACUUCCUGCACCUCCUGUGUUGCAACCACAGCAGCCAAGACCAGAGCCAUUGGCACAGCAACGACAAAGAGUCCAGCAGCAGCAGCCUCAGCAGCAGCAGCAGCAGCAGCAACAACAACAACAACAACAACAACAACAAAAGCCACAGCAAUUGCAGCUUCUACAACACCAUCCUCAAAAACAGCAACAAGUGGUACAACUGCAACCAGAACAGCAGCAGCAUCUACUUCAACAGCAGCAGAAAGUGAAACAGGAGCAGCAGCAACUACUUCAGCAGCAGCAGAAAGUGAAACAGGAGCAGCAGCAACAGAAAUUAAAGCAGGAACAGCAGUUACAGAAACUUAAACAGGAGCAACAACAGCAACUGCAGAAGUUAAAGCAAGAACAGCAGCAGCAGAAACAUCAGUUAGUUCCCAGCUCAUGUGCUAUUGCUGUCGUUCCAACUACUGGGACAGCCACAGUCAUUUCUGUUCCUGCUGUUGUCACUUCAUCUCAUGGGACUUUAUCUGUUGUCCCUAAGCUUAAGGAAGACAGCACACGUAUUAAUACUGUUGUCACAACUGUCACAACAACUAGUAUCACCAGUGUUACAACUGUUAGCAGUUCAGCCUUGGGAACCGUACCUGCUGCCCUCAAAGCAAAGGAUGAUAGUGGCUGUACUGUAACUGCAGCAACAAUAGCUGGAACGACUGCCGUCAUCACUGUUCCUGUUUCUGUUAGCCCAUCUCCUCGUUCUGCAUCUGGUGCUCCAAAGAUGGUGGAAGAUAACACACGUACUUCUGUGCUUGCCACGAGCACUGCAACAGCUUCUCUCAUCACUAUUCCCAAUGCUGGUACAACACCUCAUGCAACUGUAUCAGUUGCUCCUAAGAUGAAAGAAGAUAGUGUACGUACAACCUCUGUUCUCACAACUGCUGGGACCACCAUCAUCAGUAUUCCUGCCGCAGUCAGUCCAUCUCCUACCACAGUAUGUGCAGCUGUAAAAUCAAAAGAAGACGGCACACGUAAUACACAGGACCUAAACCGUUGCCUACAGGAGGCAGUUGAUUCAUUUUCACCACCCCAUGUUCAGAAUGAUGAAGUAACACUGAUAAAAGUGGUCAAACCAGAUGGGCCUGAUGCUUCCCCCCGGCCUGCACAGUUGCCACCAGAGGAUGAUGUCAAAAUAGAACUCGUGAAGCAGGAUGUCACAGUGAGACAAAGCCAGCCGCCAACUCAGGCCACCGAUAUUGACAGUGAUGACUUUGAUCCCAUGAAAGUUCUUGAAUGGAAGAAUGGAGUUGGCACUCUACCAGGUAGUGACCUUAAGUUUCGCAUGAAUGAAUUUGGAAUUAUGGAGAUGAUUGAUGAAGAUGACUGUGAAAAGCUGAAGCAAGACUGUAAAUCAGCCCCUGAAGCUCAGGAAUGUGAAAAUGCUGAACAAACAUCAGCUACAAAUGAUUGCUCUUCCAUUCUUAAGGCUGUGGACAAAAGGGAGGAAAAACAUUCCAGUACCACUCCCUCUUUACAACAGCAAGUCGUACGUCCUCCCAAGAAGGAGAACCCAUCUGGAGGUAAUUCAGGACAAGCAGCUGAUGGAGGCAGCAGCAGUAGUGGCACUGAUGAAAUCUAUUGUUGUGAGGGAUGUGGCUGUUAUGGAUUGUCAACAGAAUUUGUCUCUUCACGGUUCUGUAGUGAUCUUUGUGCUUCAAACUUUGCAAAUAGGCGUGCUCAACAGAGCAAACGUGAACGUGAUUUGCUUCUACUCCGUUUGCGGCGACGCAAGAAACGUUUAUUGCAGUUAAUGCAACAGCAGCAGUCGCAAAACUAUGCACGGCAUCGUCUGCGACCAAUGCCUCGUGAUCGUCAGUUACUUCAGCAUUUACAACAUCAUUAUGCUCGUGCUGUGCAAAGUGGCAUGGUGUCCAGUACUGCAAAAGAAAACUGUGAAAUAGAGAUAUCUGCACAGCCUGUGGCCAAGUCUGAUGAAACAGCAGAUGAUGUAUCAGAUGACAAAACCACUGUUUCAUGGCUCUCAAGCAAGAAAGGUUUCUUAUGGCCAAAAUAUCUGGAACAUUGUAAAGGGAAACAAGCUCCACAGAAGCUGUUUCGUGACCCUUUUCCAUAUAUGAAAAAUGGCUUCAAAGUUGGCAUGAAACUUGAGGGAAUUGAUCCUGAACAUCCAUCAUAUUUUUGUGUGCUCACUGUUUCUGAUGUACAAGGCUAUCGUAUCAGACUGCACUUUGAUGGCUACCCUGACAAUUAUGACUUUUGGGUAAAUGCGGAUUCAGUUGAUAUUUUCCCAGCGGGUUGGUGUGAGAAAAACAAUCAUAAGCUACAUCCACCAAAAGGCUAUUCGCCUGCCAGUUUCAACUGGAAUGCCUAUCUCAAGCAGUGUCAUGCUCAGGCUGCUCCGAGGAAUCUCUUUGCCAAUAAGCCUGGAAAUGCUGUGUGUCCUAGUGGCUUCCGUAUAGGUAUGAAGUUGGAGGCAGUGGAUCGCAAGAACAAAAACUUGGUAUGUGUGGCUACAGUGGCAGACAUUGUUGAUAACAGGAUACUAGUACAUUUUGAUGGUUUGGAUGAAGCGUUUGAUUAUUGGGCAGAUCCCUCAUCUCCAUACAUACAUCCUGUUGGCUGGUGUGAAGAGCACAAUCGUCAGCUUACACCACCUAAAACUCAUCACUUCCCUCUGCAUUUCUCUUGGCCACAAUAUCUUCGAGAAACAAAAUCGGUACCAGCACCCGCGAGAGCAUUUAAGCAGCGACCACCAUCAGGUUUCAGACCUGGUAUGCAUCUUGAAUGUGUUGACAAACGAGUGCCACAACUUAUUCGUGUCGCCACAGUUUCUGCAGUGCGUGGUCACCAGCUGAGAAUUGAAUUUGAUGGUUGGCCACGGGAGUACGGUUACUGGGUGGAUGAUGACGCUCCUGAUUUACAUCCUGUUGGUUGGUGUCAAAAGACCGGUCAUCCACUGGAACCACCACUCGUGCCAGAAGAAACUGGAAGUAACUCAGAAUGUCCAAUUUUGGGCUGUAAUGGAGUGGGGCAUAUCAAAGGUCCCAAAUUUGCAAUGCAUACUUCAGCAGAGUUCUGCCCAUAUGCCCCAGGAAAUUUCCAGUGCAUGGCUCACAUUUCUGACCGAUUGUCUGACAAAGUGGCAAGCACUGAAACCCAGUCAGAAACGUGUUCUUCAGAAAAAAUGAAAGUUCAGGAGCUCCACAAGAAUCCAGUAGGACGGCCAGCAAAGCGUCGUCGAGUGGAGAGUUGUGAAGAACCAAAAUCACUGAUAGUUGUCCAAGAGGAAGAGGAACCAGCAGCAAAAAAGGAUCGGCACUUCUUGGAGUCCACCAGCAUGCCAGUUGCCACAAGUGACUCAGGAGUACAAAGUGGCGAAGACUUGGGAAAUGGUAGUACUGUUCGUGAAACGAGUACAUCACCUAAUCCUCUAGCAUUUGCAAGUAGCUCACAAAAGGAUUCGGCCGAUAUAACACAACUGGAACUGGAAGUUCGAAAUAGUGUACGCAGCCCAGGUUAUGAUCCACAACCUUCUCAAGGACCGAUACCGUGGACUCAGCACACAAAGUACCUUAAUACGUUCCUAGCUGCUGUCCCACAGCCUCCAGAGCUUGUCAGUCACUGGACUUGUAAUGACGUAUCAACGUUUUUACGCAGCAUACCUGGAUGCGCCCAUGCUGUUAAUGCUUUUGCAGAACAAGAAGUGGAUGGUGAUGCAUUAGUACUCAUGUCACAAGACGACUUGGUGAAGGCAGGAGGUCUUAAACUGGGCCCAGCUGUGAAACUGUACAACUGUGUUGUUUUGUUGCGACAGUUGAAAGGUCAGGCAGAAGGACAGAUACUGAGUUGAUUUGUGUUUGAAGUGUGUAUAUACCUGUAUAGUGUGCUGUAAAUUCAGCGUAUGUGGUUAUUGUUGAUAUUUGUGAGAAAUAGCUAUAUCUUUGUAGCUGCUAACUCAACAUGUUUGCCAUGGGAACUGCAUAGACCUUUGUGCAGGAAACUGGUUUGAUAAGUUCUGAGACAGUAUUUCAGCCUUUAUGACAAUGUGCCGCAAGUGCCAUAAUAGACAUAGUUUUGCAACUAGAGCUUUUCGAUUUGUUCUACAGACUGAAAAGAAAAACAUUUUUAUCAAUCCAGUGUGUCUUGAAUGAUAUUAAUAAAUCUGAGGAUGCUUGCUUGAUCAGUUUUUUAGCAAAGUAUAUAGUAAAGAAGGUGAAGUUGCUUUUUUAGUAUGAAAAUGUAUUUCUCACAAUGUAAACUGUAGUGUUUGUAGUCACAGGGCCACUUCUUAGUUACCUUAAAUUAUUAAUAUUCCCAAGUGAUUAUUAGAUCUUUCCAGUGGAAACAAUAAUUUCACAUGUCUUGGCAGAACAUACUUUUUCAUACAGAGAAAGUAACAUAUCACACUCAUAAAUUAUCAUCAUGGGCUGGAAUUUCCAGAGUCACAUUGAUAAGAUUAGAGGAACAAUGGCAGUUACACCCAUUGUUAAGCAGUAUUACUUCUCCUGCAUCCAGUACAUGAUCUGGAUAGUCAUAUGCCCAGAACUGACUAAUUUACAUUUUUCACUGUAAAAAUAAUUUCAAUUAUAUAAGGGUAUAUAUUUUCACUAUUAUUGUUUUGGACAGAUGACAAACCAAAUAAAUUACAAAUGUUUGCUAUACAAGGAACUUACUAUCAUUGUUCAUUUGAAGCUAUAUGUGUAUUGGAAUAAAUGAAAUAGCUCAGGUAUAUAGUUGUAUCACAGGUACCUACUAUGUCAUGAAGACUCACCAGUGUGUUGGCCUACUUUUUUCUCAGCUGUCCAUCAUUACACCUCUUUGAUACUGGUUAAGUGUUACUGGCAAGAGCAGAGUUGCAAAUCUACAGUGGCUGUCAUCUCAGCAGUUACUGCUCUUCUGCAUUCAUAACAGAUAUGUUGUCAGAUGGUGAGAGGGCAGCUGAAAGCAUAUUAUUCAUAUUAACAUUACAAAAUCCAUAGACUACGGUAGUCCUUGUAAGUGGUAAAAGCAGUCUGAUAGAGGAGCAUAUUGAUUUGGUGUUGAGACCUUAUGAAGAGGAAAAUAGGCUACAUUGUGAUAAAAAAAAUUCAAAUAAGGGAAGUAAAUAAUCCACUAUUUGCUCCAAAACCCUAUUUUAACAAGGAGGAAAAAUGCAAAAUAGAAAUACUGUACCAACUUUUCAGAAGAAAAGUCUCCUCUUCUGAUAAACAUGUAGGAUGUAUAGACGGGGAGAUCAACUUUCAAUUCUGAUGUAGAAAGGUGAUAUUGAAAGUAUAUCACUCUGUUCUAAAUUUUUCUGUUGGUUUCAUUUGAAGGUGUGAAUUAAUUAGGGCAAAAAAUAUCACAAGUGGGUGCCCUUAAAUCAGUAAACAUACACACAAAAUUGCUAGCUUUGCCCAAUACUAUUAAAAUGUGUUCUACAUUGCAAGCUUUUACUGUUGUAUAGAAAAAAUUGAUGAGAUAUAAUUUCAUUGUAUUUGUUAUAGAACGGCAUUAUGAAGUAUGUAAUGCAAGGGAAAGCGGUGUUUGUUGAGGAAGAGGGACACUGAAAGCCAUGAUGUGCAUUUGUUCAGGAAGAGAAACAGCAAAAGACAAAUGAACUUUUAUUAAUUUUAUCUGUUUCAAUAUUACUGAACUUAUUUUUGUCCUUUCUUGUGUGUUCAUUGUUUUUGUUGUUGAAUUAUCAGCCAUUGAUGUUUCUCUCUGUGUGUAGCAUUUUCCUUGUGCCUUGUGAUACAACUUUUGCAGGAUAUUUUACAUGUUUAUUGCUGAAAUGUUAAGACUUUCUGUGUUUGCAAGCAAAAUAAGAAAAGGGUGUAUUACUUCUGAAACCAGUAAUUACUAUGAUUAUCCUGUGUAUAUGUAUAUAUAUGUAUGAGUGUGUGUGUGUGUGUGGUAUAAAUUUUUUGUACAAAAAAUGAAUUUUGACAUGUAUAUUCCAUUAUAAAAAUGAGGAAGCCGCAUUAUUUGUUUUGUUUU